CGGCUAGCCAGCUCCUCCACGUCUGUCUACGCGCGCGUCCGCGGGAAAGCGAUGGCGGGCGACACGGAGGCGCCGCACGUCGUGGAGGACUGCCGCGGCGUGCUGCAGGUGCUCAGCGACGGGACGACCGUGCGCUCCGCCGCGGCGCCGUACACGGUGGAGGACCGCGACGACGGGCGCGUCGAGUGGAGGGACGCCGUGUACCACCCGGCCCACGGCCUCGGCGUGCGAAUGUACCGGCCGGCGCGCCGGGAGGGGAAGGGGAAGGAGCGGCUGCCGGUGCUGGCCUACUUCCACGGCGGCGGCUUCUGCAUCGGCAGCCGCGCCUGGCCCUCCGUGCACGCCUGCUGCCUCCGCUUCGCCCACGAGCUCCCCGCCCUCGUGCUCUCCUUCGACUACCGCCUCGCGCCCGAGCACCGCCUCCCGGCCGCCCACGAGGACGCCGCCGCCGCCCUCGCCUGGCUCCGCGACCGCCUCGCCCCCGGGCCUGCUGACGGAUCUGGGUCUGACGAGGACGUCCGCUCCUGGCUCGCGGACUCUGGCGCCGACACGGGGAGGCUCUUCGUGUCCGGCGACUCCGCCGGCGCCAACAUCGCGCACCACAUGACCGCGCGCUUCGGCGCGGCGGGACUCGGCCCCGUCAGGAUCGCUGGGUACGCCCUCCUCAUGCCGGCGUUCACCUCCGAGGCGCCGACGCAGUCCGAGCUGGGCUCGCGGGGCAGCGCGUUCCUGAGCCGGGACGUGGCCGAGCGGUACAACCGGCUCGCCCUGCCGGCCGGCGCCAACAAGGACUACCCGCUGAUGAACCCGCUCGGACCGGACAGCCCGGGCCUGGGACUUGUGGACGGCCGCGUGCUCGUCGUCGUGGGCGGCGACGACAUGCUGAAGGACAACCAGGUCCGGUACGUGGAGCGGAUGAAGGCCGUGGGGAACGACGUGGAGCUCGCCGUGUUCGCGGGCAAGGAGCACGGCUUCUUCUCGAGGGACCCGUGGUCGGAGACCAGCGGCGAGGUCGUGCGAGUCGUCGGCCGGUUCAUGGGCAGAGACGCAGCCGAUUCAACAGGCGCCGACGGUCAGGACUAAGUUGUGAUUAAUGUGCUAGUAAUCUGUUCGGCAUGCAAUGAGUGCUUUAGAGGAAACAUCAGGUGAUACCAUCACUAUGCUCCAUGCUACCAAUUUGAAAAAAAUUAUAUUAAAUGAUUCGAAAAAUUCGGAGAAAAAUCAUGAAUGUUCACAAUAUACUACUCCAUCCGUCCCAAUAAUAUAAAAGUGUUUUCGACACUAAGAUAAAAAACGCUCUUAUAUUAUGUUGAAGGGAGUAAUAUGACACUAUAAGUUAAAAACGCUCUUAUAUUAUGUUGGAGGGAGUAGUUAACGACCCCUAAAUCCAAAUACGAUAUAUAUACUGAGAAACAAACAAAAAAACAAAUCAAUGUAGUGCAGUUUUUUCAGACUAUUCAUGUCUUUUGUCUUUAUUGACAAUAUUCAUGUCGAAUUUGUCUUUUUUGUUUCUCCGCGUGUACUUUGAAUUUGGAACUGAAAUUUUUAGCAUUGUAAACAUAUGUGUUCAGAACAUAUAAAAUUGUUGAAUUAUUUUAAUCAUUUAAUUUAUUUUUUUGAAUUGAUAGCAGGAGAGCAUAUAAGUUGUGGUAUCACCUGAUAUACUCCCGAUGCUAUAGUGUGUUUUAGGGGUGUGUUUAGUUCGGGAACGAAGUGGAAUGGAAUGUCAUGGUUUCAUUUUAAUGGAAUGGGUCGGUUCCGUCCUUGUGUUUGGUAGGGGCAAUUUAUAGGAAUGGAGUGGUUACAUUUCGG